AUGCGGCAGCACGCCCUUGUACGAGAGCCAGAAGUGGGCGCAACUUUGGCUAGAUUCUGGGUAGCGCUGAGAGACGUCAAAAGACUCGAGGUCAACAAGGAAGAACCGCAAGACAACCAGCGUACCUCUGGGCGGGUGAGAUUACAGACAACCCAUCCGGGGAAUAUAGAUUCCGGGUGCAUCGCAACCUCCAGUCAGGACCAUGAAUCGAGCCAAGGAUCAUCUUACACUACUGCAACAGACUCAGUUACUUCCGUACAGAGACCUUCGGCGUAUCUUCCGGUUGAGGCUUACACCGUUGAGCUGGCUUUCUUCGCCAUCACUCAUAUCCUCUUAUACACUCAAGACCCCGGCUUAGACACGCCUGUUGAGAUCCGUCAGCCGGAGAGGCAUUUCAUCCAGGCCAAGGACAAACAGAUCACAGCAAUCGACAAUGGAGGACUUACUGUGAUAUCGCGUGCCGGAGCAAGGACUAAAAACUCGGUCGUCUUGAUAGAGGCCAAACGGCGACUCGAUGUGUGUGAGAAUACCAACCUACCAUUUGUGUCCGAUGAGCGACUCGGGCAAAUGACCUGCGAGGCUGUUGCCGCACUAUCCUCUCGCCAAGGGGACACCGCCCGCGAUGACAUAUUCGAUAUCAGCACUGUUCAGCAUUACAUGUGCUUAUUUCACUUUAUCGUCACCGCAGACCACCUCGAUGAUUUGAAGAAUGGGAUAGUCCCACGUACAGCUAUCAAGGUAACAGCGACACGAUGGUUGGAUCUGGAACGACAACCUGAUAGGAAAUGCAUCGUUAAGAAUGUCCUCCAGCUGGCGGAGUACAUGAGGCAAAUGGGGAGAUGA